AUGGGGCUUCUUCCAAGUCUCAAGAUGCUGCUCCUUCUGAUAUACUUCUUCUGGUUGCCCAGAGCUGUCCGAACUCAGUUGCCUGGUCCUUCAACGACCUCUGCACGGCCUCUGGAUGCACUUCUCCAAGACUAUGCUUUUCAGGCAUUUGUUCGUCCGAGGACCGGUGCCGUCUAUAAUGGAGUUGUCCCAUCAAAUUUGUCUGACAUUACGGUUUCGGCAAUGCGGCUUAGGAGUGGUAGCCUAUGGACUAGAGGUGUUCGGAUGUACAAAGAGUUCUUCAUUCCUAUGGGUGUCCUUGGGCACCCAUAUGUUGAGAGGCUUGUUCUGGUCUAUCAGAAUUUGGGAAAUUUGUCUGCACUGUAUUAUCCUUUGCCCGGAUAUAUGUACUUGGCUCCUGUCCUGGGCCUUCUUGCUUAUGAUGCUUCAAACUUAUCCGCUAAAAAUUUGCCUGAGUUGGAUAUCAGGGCAUCUCGUCAACCAAUAUUAAUCAAUUUCUCAAAUAUGCAAUCAUUACCCAAAGGUUCAGUUGCAAAGUGUGUUUGGUUUGAUUUACAUGGUUUGGUUAAUUUCAGCAAUGUGGCAUCCGGCAAUGUUUGCUCAACGUUCCAACAGGGGCAUUUCUCUAUUGUAGUCAAGUCCAGGGCCCCUUCCCCUGCACCGGUCUCUCCUGCACCACCGGGGAGAGCUCCAAAAGCAGGUCUACUACCAAGUGGUAGAAAAAAGAACAAUCCUAAAGUCUGGAUAAUUGUGGGGUCAGUGCUUGCAGGGCUAGCAUUGUUGGUUUUGUUGGGGUUGCUGGGGUUGUGGGGGGAAAAGUUCAAGCACAGGAAGAAAAUGCAACAGAUGGAAAAUGCUGCUGAGUUCAAGCACAGGAAGAAAAUGCAACAGAUGGAAAAUGCUGCUGAGGUUGGAGAAGCACUACACAUGACUACAGUGGGGAGCACAAAAGCUCCGGCAGCCAUGGUAACACGGACGCAACCCACGAUCGAGACUGAAUAUGUACCAUGA